UCUUUUGUUUUUCUUCUAGUGGCAUUUUUGGUAGAUAAAGGAUAAGAUGUGAAACCGCAGACAAAGUUUUAUCUAUAACCAAACAAGGUUGAUUACAUUCUACUCGAAAACAAAAUUUUAACUUUCUUCUAAUCCAAGAUUUACUAUUAUCCGUUUUUUCAUUUAUUGUUUUCUAUCAAGUGCGAUGCAAAUGGAACAGCAGAACCACUCAAGUGAAACCCUAUUAAGUGAAUAUGGAAGCUGCAGGUGGAGAAGCCCCCAACGGCGGGCCUGAUAAGCGGCUUGAAUUCAUGGGAUCGUAUGUGAUAAAAACUCUUAAACUGAAACCUGAAAAGUGGCAACGUGUAGUAACCGUCGAAGAGCACAAGGCAGUUAUCAAAGAAUUUUUAGAUCGCCCUGUUCCGGUGGUCCUAAUAAUCAUCCUUACACCCGCUGCACAACUCGUUCCUUCAACAUCCUUCCCACUGGCACAAUUGAAGAGCAAGGGAGUGUAUUUUAUCAAAAAAGGAUUGCGUGAAGUACCACGUGAAGAAUGUGAACACUUCCUCAUAUUUGGAGACCUUGCUACUCGAUCAAUAGAUCAGUUGUCUUCGUUGGUUGACGAAGUCUUCGUUCCGUUGCUAUCUAAUGAGGACAACUAUAAAGAAUGGCCUGAGAUGGUUGCACAAGACGUUCAAAAGCACGUUCACAGCCUCAAAAGCACAGUCCACCAAGUCAAGGGACAAGUUAGUGGUCAGACGAUUCUUGCUAUGCCAGUUGGGGUUGAAAAAAUCGUGAAAGCCGCGAAAGAAUUGCAGGAGACGAAGAGAUGCGCUAUCGACCUAUAUUUGAAGAGUGCCAUUGAGGGAGUGGUGAUCAAGUGGGCAACGCAAGUAAAUGACGUGGUAAAGGAGAGUCCAGCCAACGCGUUUGCUAAUGGUCAGAAUCCAGUUCCGACGGCUGAAAUUUCAUUUUGGAAUAAUCGCCUGACUAACUUAUCGUUUGUGUAUGAUCAGUUGAAUACAGAAAGGAUACGCUCCAUGGCGCUUAUGCUGGAGUAUACGGACAGUGCAUACUUUCCUUGUUUUAUGACGCUUUUUCAGAAUGUUGUGACAGCAUUGGCAGAAGCACGGGACAUAGUCCUCUUUAUAAAUCCGCUUCAGCGGCACUUUGCCCUCCUGGAGGAGAUCGACUUCGCCGAAUGUAAACCACUGAUGAUACCAAUGAUGCACGUAGUUUGUAUGCUCUGGGCGAACUCACGUUAUUAUUGCCACUCAUCCAAAAUCACGGUCCUUUUCAAGCAAAUAUGCAAUCUAGUUAUUCAGCAGGCAAAACGCUUCCUAGACCCUUCGUCCAUAUUCCACACUGAUAUAGAUGAAGCCAUGCAACGUUUGACACUGUCCAUCCACUCACUCAAAUACUUUCGAAGUGUCUUCGAUUACUUCAAAGAGAAUUUGGCACAGUUUUUCCACGAUGAGAAUCAUCCUCCGGUUCACUGGACCUUCCACCCCAAUGCAGUGUUUGAAAGGUUUAAUGCUUUCAUGGACAGGCUCAACACGAUUCAAUGGUUCUUCUUCACAGUGAUUGAGUUUCUGAAAUUGGAAAAAGUGGAGAUUGGAGGGCUGAGAGGCCGACAACUUAGUGGUAGGAUCACCGCUGUCUACGUGGAGUUCAACCAGUAUUUCACUGCUUUCGCUUCCAAAAAUUAUGAUGUGUUGGACCCAGAUGAUCCCACGUUCAAUAACGAUUUUGCUGAGUUUCAAAACCGGAUUUUGGAAUUGGAUAUGAAACUUGCAGCAAUCCUCUGUCAAGCCUUCGAUGACUGCUACAAUCUGGAAAGUGUUUUUAAGCUGAUAAGUAUCGUGGGGAGCGUUUUAGAUCGGCCGAAAAUCAAAGAGGAAUUCACGAAUAAGUACUCUGAGAUCCUUCGUAUGCUGGAUGAGGAGAUGACUAUGUGUGAAAAUAUUUAUGAAACUCAAAUGCAAUAUCGAAAGGAAAACAAAUUUCUGUUUGUGGAUAGGAGUUGCCCCCCGGAAACUGCAUGUAUGCGUUGGUGCAGCCAACUGGGAAGCCGAAUUUCAGCUCCGAUUAAGAGCUUCCAAGCACUACAGCAUUCGAUAACGGAGAGCGAAGAAGCACUUUCUAUCAUCGAACGUUAUAAAGAGCUCAUGAAGAAACUAGAACAGUUUGAAGAAAUAAUUUUCACCGAAUGGAAAACGAAAAUUCCAGCCCAAAUUGAAGAACACCUGAAGAAGUCUCUUAUUGCACGGAAGCCGCGGUGUAAAAUGUUGAUACUGAAUUUCAGCCCUGUUCUGUUCUCCAUUUUGAAAGAAGUUCAUUACUUGAAACAAAUGGAAAAGGAAGGCAUACCUGAAGUGGGUCUAGAAUUCGCUCUCAAGAGCGAGACUUAUCGUGGUUAUACACUUAAUUUGGAGAAAACCAUCGACUGGUAUAACCAGGUUUUGGGCAGCAGUACAGCUGUUGAAUUGGAGCUGAUUAAAAAACAAGUGGAAGAAAUUGAUGCACUGGUGGCGAUUGGAAUUGAAGAACUAAAUUGGAAUUCUGAAGAUAUAACAUCCUAUCUUCAAAAACUUCGUGAACCUGUUGCAAGUUUACAAGAGCGGAUGAACCACACCCAAAACAACUUGAAUGAAAUUCGACACAUCAUGUCCUCCUGGACAAAAAUUCCACUAUUUGAACGCAAGGAUGGCAAGAAGGAUGCUGUGCUUUGCUUAGAGGAGCGCAAUGAUCGUAUAACAAAACGUUAUGCCGACAUCGAGAACGCCUCACAAAAGAUACACAUGCUCCUAGAAGAGAAUAUGAAACAGUUCGGCAUGGAAGAACGUCAGGAUGAGAAGAUAUGGCAGGAUUAUGUCUCAUUUGUCGACAAUAUUGUUUAUGAGAACUUGCUUUUGACUGUUGGAGUUAGCAUGGGUUAUUUAUCUGAAAAUAUGGAUCCUGCGAAUAAUUACGCUGCGUUGUUUGAAUCUCGGUUGGAACUCCUUGAACCUGAUCUUGUUUUUGUCCCUUCUUUAGAUCCGGAGGAUCCAAAUGGCUUCAAUCAUUUUCUGGUUGAAUUAAUGGACGAUAUCAUUAGAAUGUCCUCCCUCAUAACGCGUUUGAAAGUGCCCGACCAGAAAACUUAUGAGGAACUUAUUACAUCGAACAAAGAUAUAACUGAAAUGAGACGAGAAGUUCUAGAUGGAGUUGAAAAAGUCAUGCAAGAGGCUGCAGAGUUUUGUAGAGGAUUCGAAAGGUAUUCAUAUUUGUGGUACGACGAUCGCAAGUUGUGCAUGGAGAGCUUUCUGCAAUAUGGUCGUAUACUAGAACAGGAUGAGAUCGAUUUGAUUAUUGCCAAAGAUUCAGGAGCGCCUGUUGAAGCUGAACCUACGAUUGAAGCAUUCAAGGAGCAGAUUGACAUUUACGAAUCGUUGUUCAUGGAGAUAGAAGGCAUCCAACCGUUCCAGGUGUUCAACUCAUGGUUCCAGGUAGAUGUUCGUCCAUUCCGGCAGGCUCUGCUAAAUAUAGUUUGCAAAUGGGGGAAUAUGUUCAAGGAGCAUUUAGUAUGCCGAGUCACAAACAAUCUGUGCGAUCUUGCUAGUUUCAUACGUAAAGCUGACGAGGGUCUUCUGCAGACUGUCAAAGAAGGCGACUACGUCGGUUUGGUCAGUGUGAUGGCCUACCUUCUUCAGGUAAAGGAACGAGCUGCAACUACGGAUGAAAUGUUCGAGCCCAUGCAAGAGACAAUUCAAUUGCUGAAAUACUACGACAUGGAUAUUCCCGAGGAAGUGAAUGUAUUACUCCAGGAAUUACCGGAACAGUGGGCUAACACUAAGAAAAUCGCAACCACCGUGAAGCAACAAGUUUCACCCUUGCAAGCUGCGGAAGUUGUUGGAAUUCGAAACAAGAUCUCAAUUUUCGAAACUCACAUCAGCUUCUUCCGGGAAGUAUUUAAGCUGUAUGAGUUCUUCAGAUAUGAUUGUUCGGAUCCUUAUGCGUUACUUAAUCGAGUGAACAAUGAUAUGAAUCGAUUGGAGAAGGAAAUGAGAGACAUCCAAGAUUCUGGCAGUUUGUUUGAAGUUAAUGUGCCUGAGUUUAAGUUGCUGAAACAGUGCAGGAAGGAAUUGAGAAUGGCUAAGCAACUGUGGGACUAUGUCUAUAUCGUCCGGACGAGCAUUGAGGAUUGGAAAACCACGCCAUGGCGAAAAGUCGAUGUAGAAAAUAUGGACAUUGAAUGUAAGAAAUUCGCAAAGGAUAUCCGCCUCUUGGAUAAGGAAAUGCGGGUUUGGGAUACGUUCAUCAUGUUGGAGGCGACUGUUAAGAAUAUGCUAACUUCCUUGCGAGCAGUUGGGGAGUUACAAAAUCCUGCCAUUCGUGAACGCCAUUGGAAUCAACUCAUGGUUUCAACAAAGAGUUUAGCUGCGUUACCUAAAGAACUUACAGUCCAGUUUAUUAUGGAUAAAGAUACGACCCUUGCUGAGCUAUUAGCCCUCAACUUACACGAAUGUGAGGAAGAAGUGAAGAACAUCGUUGACAAGGCGGUCAAAGAGAUGUCUAUGGAGAAGAUCCUUCGUGACUUACAUACCACAUGGUCAGCAAUGGAGUUUGAACAUGAGAUACACCCAAGGACUGGUUGUAACCUACUUAAGGCCUCAGAAGAACUUAUUGAAACUUUAGAAGACAAUCAAGUGUGCCUCCAGAAUCUCAUCACGUCUAAAUACAUAGCUCAUUUCCUAGAGGAAGUGUCUUGCUGGCAGAAUAAACUAAUGGUUGCUGACCAAGUUAUCACGGUAUGGUUUGAGGUUCAACGCACUUGGACCCACUUGGAAAGUAUAUUCAUGAGUUCCGAAGAUAUUCGCAAACAGUUGCCUGUGGAUUCAGAUCGAUUCGAUAACAUUGAUAAAGAGUUCCGUGUCCUUAUGAACGAAAUGUCUCAGACCUCGAAUGUCAUACAAUCAACGAAUAGGGAAGGUCUUAUCGAGCGUCUCGAAUCACUACAAAGGGAGCUUACAUUAUGUGAGAAGGCCUUAGCAGAAUAUCUAGAAACGAAACGGUUAGCAUUCCCGAGGUUUUAUUUCGUUUCGUCUGCUGACUUAUUGGAUAUUCUGAGUAAUGGAAUACAACCAGCAUUGGUGACGAAGCAUCUGACAAAACUUUUCGAUUCCAUUGCAAAACUAGACUUCAUUGAAAAUGCGGACGAUAAGAACCUUAUUUCAGCAAAAGGAAUGAUUGCUAAGGAUGGCGAGUAUGUUGAGUUUGAUAAAAUGGCAGACUGCAACGGGCCUGUGGAAGUAUGGCUGAACCGAAUCCAAUCUGCCAUGCGGUCAUCGCUCCGUUUCUAUAUUUCGGAGGCAGUCGUAGCUUAUGAGGAGAAGCAGCGCGAACAAUGGCUUUUUGAUUACCCUGCGCAAGUCUCUCUAUGUGGAACCCAAAUCUGGUGGACUACUGAAGUGAACAUUGCAUUCGGGAGACUGGAAGAGGGAUAUGAUAAUGCAAUUAAGGAUUAUUAUAAGAAGCAAGUCUCCCAGUUGAGUGUUCUUAUAACUCUUCUACUGGGCGAACUGAGCAAAGGAGACAGACAAAAGAUAAUGACAAUUUGUACAAUUGAUGUCCAUUCCAGAGAUGUUGUCAGCAAGUUGAUUCAAUCCAAAGUGGAGAGCGCAUCGGCCUUCAUGUGGCAAUCGCAGCUUCGUCAUCGUUAUGAUGAUGCAGAGCGGGAUUGUUUCGCAAACAUUUGCGAUGCAGAAUUCAGAUAUUCCCAUGAGUACUUAGGGAAUACACCUCGUUUAGUAAUAACACCACUCACUGAUCGUUGCUAUAUUACGUUAACUCAGUCACUGCAUUUGGUUAUGGGUGGAGGCCCAGCAGGACCUGCAGGUACGGGCAAAACCGAGACUACCAAGGAUUUAGGUCGUGCGUUGGGGAUAAUGGUAUACGUUUUCAACUGUUCGGAACAAAUGGAUUAUAAGUCUUGUGGAAACAUCUACAAAGGCCUAGCUCAAACAGGAGCUUGGGGUUGUUUCGAUGAAUUCAACAGAAUUUCGGUCGAAGUGCUUUCAGUGGUAGCAGUUCAAGUCAAAGCUGUGCAGGACGCUAUAAGGAGCAAUAAGGAGAAAUUCAAUUUUAUGGGUGAAAUGAUAGCUUGUGUGCCGACAGUUGGUAUUUUCAUUACAAUGAAUCCCGGAUAUGCUGGACGAACUGAGCUUCCUGAAAAUUUGAAAGCGCUGUUCAGACCAUGUGCAAUGGUUGUUCCUGAUUUUGAAUUGAUCUGCGAGAUUAUGCUUGUCGCUGAAGGUUUCCAGGAAGCAAGAAUACUGGCGAGAAAGUUUAUCACACUGUACACAUUGUGCAAGGAAUUGCUGUCGAAACAGGACCAUUAUGACUGGGGCCUGCGAGCGAUCAAAUCAGUUUUAGUUGUGGCUGGUUCUUUGAAGCGUGGAGACCCUGGCCGACCAGAGGAAGAAGUCCUUAUGCGAGCGCUUCGUGACUUCAACAUUCCAAAAGUCGUAACAGAUGAUAUGCCCGUGUUCAUGGGCUUAAUUGGGGAUCUCUUCCCCGCUCUGGAUGUUCCUCGAAAGCGUGACCAAGAUUUUGAAAAAACCGUCAAGCAGGCUGCAUUGGAUCUUCUGCUACAACCUGAGGAUAACUUUAUACUCAAGGUCGUUCAGCUCGAAGAGCUACUCGAAGUUCGCCACUCUGUUUUCAUCGUGGGUAAUGCUGGCACAGGAAAGACUCAAGUUUGGAAGACUUUAUUCAGGACAUAUCAGAAUAUCAAACGAAAGCCGAUAUACAACGAUUUGAAUCCAAAGGCAGUGACUAACGAUGAAUUGUUUGGAAUUAUAAACCCAGCGACAAGGGAGUGGAAGGAUGGGUUAUUUUCAUCAAUUAUGAGAGAACAGGCAAAUAUUAUUGGGGAUCAACCAAAAUGGAUCGUGCUAGAUGGUGACAUUGACCCGAUGUGGAUUGAAAGCUUGAAUACUGUUAUGGAUGAUAAUAAAGUGUUGACUUUGGCGAGCAAUGAGCGUAUAGCAUUGAAUCCAACCAUGAGGCUCCUUUUCGAAAUUUCAAACUUGAGGACAGCCACUCCGGCGACAGUCUCUCGAGCGGGAAUUUUAUAUAUUAACCCCCAAGACUUGGGAUGGAAUCCCUAUGUAACCAGCUGGAUUGAAACCCGGAAAAUACCAUCAGAAAAAUCCAAUCUGGUGAUACUGUUCGAUAAGUAUAUUCCAGCUUGUCUAGAAAACAUUAGAACACGCUUUAAAAAAAUCACUCCAGUAGCUGAAAUGGCUCACAUUCAAAUGCUUUGUCACCUGCUCGAUUGCUUCCUUAUUCCACAAAAUACACCUCCCGAUUGCCCUAAGGAAUGGCAUGAAUUGUAUUUCGUGUUUGCUUGCAUUUGGGCGUUUGGAUCUGCCAUGUUUCAGGAUCAAGCCAUCGACUAUCGAAUCGAGUUCAGUAAGUGGUGGGUCAAUGAGUUCAAAACCAUCAAGUACCCGACUGGAGGUACCGUGUUUGAUUACUUCUUGGAUGCGGAGACCAAACAGUUUCUCCCUUGGACCGAGAGGAUUCCAAAGUUUGAAUUGGAUUCGGAUUUGCCAUUGCAAGCUGUUCUGGUGCACACUUCCGAAUCUAUAAGGAUUCGAUACUUUCUCGACUUGCUGAUGGAUCGGAAGCAUCCCGUGAUGCUUGUAGGAAAUGCAGGUUGUGGUAAAACUGUCCUCGUCAAUGAGAAACUACAGAAUCUCUCUGAAAACUAUGCUAUCAGCAACGUUCCCUUCAAUUUUUACACAACAUCUGAGAUGCUACAGAAAAUAUUGGAGAAACCAUUGGAAAAGAAAGCUGGACGUAAUUUCGGCCCACCAGGCAACAAAACUUUGAUAUAUUUUAUUGACGAUAUGAACAUGCCUGAAGUGGAUGUUUAUGGAACAGUGCAACCUCAUACUUUAAUUCGGCAACAUUUGGACUAUGGCCAUUGGUACGACCGCAAUCGCUUGACACUCAAGGAUAUUCACAAUUGUCAGUACGUGUCCUGCAUGAACCCAACAUCGGGAAGUUUUACAAUAAAUCCACGGCUUCAGCGACACUUUUGCGUCUUUGCCGUAAGUUUUCCCGGCAAUGAUGCUCUAACGACGAUUUACCAAAGCAUUUUGGCAAGCCACUUUGUUAACGCUGAGCAGAAGAUUAAUGCUGGUGUAACGAGGCUGACUGGAAAUAUUGUGACGGCUUCCUUGAAUUUGCACAAUAAGAUAGCGCAAGUAUUCCUACCAACGGCUAUUAAAUCGCAUUAUAUCUUCAAUCUUAGAGACCUUAGUAAUGUUUUUCAAGGCCUUCUCUUUAGCACCAGUGAAUGUCUAGCUACACCAACCGAUAUGAUUCGUCUAUGGCAGCAUGAAACCCAGAGAGUUUACGGAGAUAAGCUAGUCGAUGAAAAGGACAUCGACAGUUUUAUAAAAAUGCAACACGAUAUUGUGAAGAAGUCAUUCGAAGAGAUUGAUGAGUCUCUUGUUUUCGAUAAGCCAAAUAUUUAUUGUCACUUUGCUGGAGGCAUUGGAGAACCCAAGUAUAUGCCCAUAAAGGAAUGGCAUAUCCUGCAAAAGCUACUUAAAGAGGCCAUGUCUUCUUAUAAUGACUUGGUAGCUGCCAUGAAUCUAGUACUUUUUGAAGAUGCGAUGAUGCAUGUUUGUCGAAUAAAUCGAAUACUGGAAUCACCAAGAGGAAGUGCAUUACUUGUAGGUGUAGGUGGAAGCGGUAAGCAGUCUCUAUCCCGGCUUGCAGCAUUCAUAUCAGGCCUGGAAGUAUCUCAAAUUCAGCUGAAGAAGGGAUAUGGAGUUCAAGAUUUGAAAAACGAGCUAUCUGGACUUUACCUUAAAGCAGGCCUGAAAAAUGUCGGUAUUAUGUUUCUCAUGACCGACGCCCAAGUACCAAACGAACAAUUCCUCGUACUCAUAAAUGAUAUGCUGGCAUCAGGCGAAAUCCCCGAUUUAUUCCCCGACGACGAAAUUGAAAAUAUAAUUUCAGGAGUUCGUAAUGAAGUGAAAGGAGCAGGAUUAGUUGAUUCUCGGGAAAAUUGCUGGAAAUUCUUCAUAGAUCGUGUGCGACGCCAACUUAAAGUGGUUCUUUGCUUCUCGCCAGUUGGCUCUACAUUACGUGUCCGGUCCAGAAAGUUUCCAGCUAUAAUAAACUGUACCUCGAUCAACUGGUUCCAUGAAUGGCCUCAGGAGGCUUUGAUUUCUGUUUCAAUGAACUUUCUUCAGGAGACAUCGGUUCUGCCAGAACAACACCGAGAUGCGGUCGCUAAAUUUAUGGCAUAUGUCCAUACUUCGGUCAAUGCCACGUCAAAAGUUUACCUACAGAAUGAGAGACGCUAUAACUAUACCACCCCCAAAUCUUACCUGGAGCAGAUCAGCUUGUACACCAAGUUAUUGAAUCAAAAACACACUGAACUCCAGCAGAAGAUUGAAAGGCUGGAAAAUGGCCUGGAGAAACUGAAAAAUACUGCGGUCCAAGUGGCGGACCUUAAAGUAAAACUUGCUGUUCAGGAGGUUGAGCUGAAGGAGAAAAACGAAGCCGCCGAUGCUUUGAUUGAGAUCGUGGGGAUCGAAACGGAGAAGGUGCAGAAGGAAAAGGCAUUAGCGGACGAAGAAGAAAUGAAGGUAGCAAUAAUAGCCGAUGAGGUUUCAAAAAAGCAAAAGGAUUGCGAAGAAGACCUGCUGAAAGCUGAACCUGCUCUGCUUGCAGCCCAAGAAGCCUUGAAUACGCUCAAUAAAGCAAAUCUCACUGAGCUGAAAUCGUUUGGAUCACCACCAGGAGCAGUUACCAACGUCACAGCAGCUGUUAUGGUACUCCUGGCUCCUAAUGGAAAGAUCCCUAAAGAACGCAACUGGAAAGCAGCAAAAAUUAUGAUGGCGAAAGUUGAUACAUUCUUGGAUUCCUUGAUAAAUUAUGACAAGGAAAACAUUCAUCCAGAAAUCAUAAAGGCCAUUCAACCUUACUUAAAGGAUGCUGAAUUUGAGCCGGAAUUUGUGCGCUCUAAGUCAGCAGCUGCUGCAGGUCUCUGUGCUUGGGUGAUAAACAUUAUCAAAUUCUACGAGGUAUUUUGCGAUGUUGAACCCAAACGGAAAGCAUUGGCUCAAGCUAAUGCUGAACUGGCAGCUGCACAGGAAAAAUUGAAUGUGAUUAAGAAGAAAGUCGCGUCUCUUGAAGAACAAUUGGCUAAACUAACCGCUGAUUUUGAAAAGGCCACUGCGGAUAAGUUGAGGUGCCAGCAAGAGGCCGAUGCAACCCAGGCUACUAUUCAAUUGGCAAAUCGACUGGUAGGAGGAUUAGCCAGUGAAAAUGUUCGCUGGGCGGAAGCAGUGGCAAACUUUGUUGCUCAAGGAAUCACGCUCCCCGGGGAUACUUUGCUAAUUACAGCCUUCAUUUCUUAUGUUGGUUGCUUCACAAAACAGUUUCGUUUAGAUUUGAUGAACAAAAUGUGGUUGCCUCAUUUGAAGGCUCUUGAUCCCGCGAUCCCAAUAACAGAAGGAUUAGAUCCGCUGUGCCUUUUGACCGAUGAUACAACCGUGGCUGUGUGGCAUAAUGAAGGCUUGCCAAGCGAUCGAAUGUCUAUUGAGAAUGCAACGAUUUUAUCUAAUUCAGAUAGAUGGCCACUUAUGAUUGAUCCGCAGCUGCAAGGCGUAAAGUGGAUUAAGCAGAAAUAUGGAGAUGCUUUGAAAGUUAUUCGACUGGGCCAAAAAGGCUAUCUCGAUAUAAUUGAGAAGGCACUAUCUCAAGGAAGCACCGUGCUUAUCGAGAAUAUUGACGAAAAUUUAGACCCAGUGUUGGACCCCCUACUCGGCCGAAACCUCAUAAAGAAAGGAAAAGCUAUCAAAAUCGGAGACAAGGAAGUUGAGUAUAACUCAAAUUUCCGACUAAUACUUCAUACAAAGCUCGCCAAUCCGCACUAUAAGCCUGAGAUGCAAGCCCAGACUACUUUGAUUAAUUUCACCGUAACACGAGAUGGAUUGGAAGAUCAAUUGCUGGCUGAAGUGGUCAAAGCGGAACGACCAGAUUUGGAAGAGUUGAAGGCGGAAUUAACGAAGCAACAGAAUGACUUUAAGAUCAUGCUUAAGCGCCUUGAAGAUGACUUGCUGUCUCGACUUUCCUCGGCUGGCGGAAACCUUCUGGGUGAUACUGCACUUGUUGAAAAUUUGGAAACAACAAAGCGCACGGCCGCGGAAAUCGAACAAAAGGUUAGCGAAGCAAAGAUUACAUCACAAGAAAUCGACCAAGCCAGAGAACACUACAGACAAGCAGCUGCCCGCGCCAGCCUUCUAUAUUUUAUCCUGAACGAUUUGAACACGAUCAACCCGAUUUAUCAAUUUUCCCUAAAGGCGUUUAGUGUUGUUUUCCAGAAAGCAAUCGCAAGAGCGGAGCCAUCAAACGAGGUCCCAGUCAGAGUUGCAAACUUGAUUGAUUGCAUAUCAUACUCAGUUUUCCAGUAUACAACCCGAGGCUUAUUCGAAUGCGACAAACUUAUUUUUGCAUCCCAAAUGACUUUUCAGAUUCUUUUGAUGAACGAGGAGAUUUCGGCCCAAGAACUAGAUUUCCUUCUACGAUUCCCAGUCAAGCCACAUGUUACCAGUCCUGUCGAUUUCCUUUCUAAUUCGUCAUGGGGUGGUAUCUGUAGCCUGGCUUCUAAAGAUGAAUUCAGGAAUUUAGAUCGCGACAUUGAGACAUCUUCGAAAAGAUGGAAAAAACUUGUUGAAUCUGAAUUACCUGAAAAAGAAAAAUUCCCACAGGAAUGGAAGAAUAAAACAGCCCUUCAGAGGCUUUGUAUGAUGCGCGCAUUGCGGCCAGAUAGGAUGACCUAUGCUAUGGCAGAUUUCAUUGAAGAAAAACUUGGCUCGAAAUAUGUAGAAAAUAGAACCAUGGAAUUUUCAAAGUCGUUCGAGGAAGCUGGUCCAUCAACACCAAUCUUCUUCAUUCUUUCUCCGGGUGUCAACCCUCUGAAAGAUGUUGAAGCUCUUGGAAAGCAGCUUGGGUUUACUAUUGACCAAGGUAAUUUUCAUAAUGUUUCUCUUGGUCAAGGUCAGGAAAUCGUUGCUGAAGAGGCAAUGGACCAGGCAGCUAAGCAUGGCCACUGGGUUGUCCUGCAAAACAUCCACUUGGUUCGGAAAUGGCUUCCGGCUUUGGAGAAAAAAUUGGAAUAUUAUGCCGAAGGCUCUCAUCCAGAUUAUAGGGUGUUUAUGAGUGCUGAGCCCGCUGCUACUCCUUCUGCACAUAUUAUUCCACAGGGUAUUUUAGAAUCAUCAAUAAAAAUCACGAACGAACCUCCAACCGGCAUGAUGGCGAAUCUGCACAAAGCUUUAGAUAACUUCACACAAGAAACCCUUGAAAUGUCCGGAAAAGAGGCUGAGUUCAAAGUAAUCCUCUUCGCACUUUGCUACUUCCACGCUGUCGUUGCAGAACGUCGUAAAUUCGGUCCACAAGGGUGGAAUAAGAUCUACCCUUUCAACGUGGGUGAUUUGAACAUCAGCGUCUCGGUCCUUUACAACUACUUAGAGGCGAACUCUAAGGUCCCUUGGGAAGAUUUGCGCUAUCUAUUUGGCGAGAUAAUGUACGGUGGUCACAUUACCGAUGAUUGGGACAGAAGGCUCUGCAUUACAUACUUAGAAGAAUACAUGCAACCAGAUUUGGUCGAUGGCGAACUCUUGCUAGCACCAGGAUUUCCAGCGCCACCAAAUACCGAUUAUGCUGGCUAUCACGCUUACAUCGAUGAGAUGAUGCCGGCGGAAUCGCCGUAUUUGUAUGGUUUGCAUCCAAACGCUGAGAUUGGAUUUUUAACGACAACUUCUGAAAAUCUAUUCCGGACUGUAUUCGAAAUGCAACCCCGAGAUGCUGGUGCAGCAGGAGGUGCAACCGUUACAAGGGAAGAUAAAGUAAAACAAAUUGUUGACGAGAUUAUGGAGAAAUUACCGGAAGAAUUCAAUAUGACGGAGAUAAUGGGCAAAGUUGAAGAGCGCACACCAUAUGUAAUUGUGGCUUUUCAGGAAUGUGAACGGAUGAAUUAUUUGACGAGUGAGAUGAAACGCAGCUUGAAAGAGUUAGAUCUAGGGUUAAAGGGCGAAUUGACGAUCACCUCGGAUAUGGAAGAGCUGGAGAAUGCUCUCUUCCUGGACCAAGUACCGCAAAUAUGGGCAGCUCGGGCAUAUCCUUCGCUGUUGGGGUUGACAUCGUGGUUCGUUGAUCUAUUGCUCCGCCUGCGUGAGCUCGAAACUUGGUCAACGGACUUUGUGCUCCCCUCUUGCGUCUGGCUCGCAGGCUUUUUCAAUCCCCAAUCCUUGCUAACAGCGAUCAUGCAGAGCACAGCCCGUCGCAACGAGCUUCCACUGGACAAAAUGUGCCUGCACUGUGACGUGACAAAGAAACAAAAGGAGGAUUUUACAACGGCGCCUCGUGAAGGAGCCUAUGUUCACGGAAUCUUCAUGGAAGGAGCCCGCUGGGACGUCCAGCAGGGUAUCAUAAUGGAAUCACGACUAAAGGAGCUCUACCCCUCAAUGCCAGUCAUAAAUAUUAGGGCGAUUACCCAGGACAAGCAGGAUCUCCGCAACAUGUACGAGUGUCCUGUCUACAAGACAAGAACCCGAGGCCCAACUUACGUCUGGACUUUUAAUCUAAAAACAAAGGAUAAACCGGCUAAGUGGACUCUGGCAGGUGUAGCUCUCCUGCUCCAAGUCUAAAGCCAAGUUUCAUUGAUUCCAGCAUCCCAUUUGGACCAUAGCAGCAGCUAUUACUCUACAUCGCGAUAUGUAUAUGUUUGUAGAUUAGAAAGCUCCUAGAGUUUGGAUCCAUGGACUAUUGACAAAAUAUUCCAAAAUCUGCUUGAAUGCGCAAUAAAAUUUUAUUGUUAUUUAGAUCAGCAUCUUAA